AUGGUAAAAGAGAAUGUCGUCCUUCUUAGAGGUUAUGAAUUUCAGCUACUGUGUCUGUAUGUAUACAACCAUGAGUUGUUCUUGGGUUUUCUCCGGUGGCGCUCAAAGAUCCGCGGGGCGGGUACUGAUAGAAGGGUAAGUUUGGAGAACUUUAUGUGCCAUAGUAGUCUUGAAAUCGAAUUCGGCGAGUGGGUUAAUUUCAUUACCGGUCAAAACGGAAGAGGGAAGAGCGCGAUACUAACUGCUUUAUGUAUAGCGUUCGGCGGAGAAACUAAAAGAGCUUCGAAGUUGAAGGAAUUUAUAAAAACUGGCUACAAUUAUGCUAUUGUUCAAGUAAAUAUUAAAAAUGGAGGAGUUGAUUCUUUUAAGCCAGAUAUUUUCGGUGAUACCAUUAUUAUAGAACGCAGGAUUACUGACUCUACGAGCUCCAUUGUUUUGAAAGAUUGUCAAGCUUUUGGUGGGGAUGAAGUGCUACGUCUUCUACGUGAAAUUGAGAGGCAUCAACGUGCAUUUACCGUGCCGCCUAUUGGUCCAAUUGGUGCUCAUGUUUUUGUGGUUAUUGUGCUGCAAACAUUACUCAAUGGUGAUACAUGGGGUCCUGCUGUUGAACAAGCUAUUGGAAAGUUGCUAAAUGCACUCAUUGUGACAAAUUCUUAG